UGUCACGUUCAGCUGGUCUGGACCCAAAAGUAAUUCUUAAGCUUUGUCGCGCGCAGGAGCAACUUUUUAACACGCGCAGUAACAGCACCGGAGACGCACGUUGUAAAAUGAGGUUGGGAAGCAUCUUUUUAUUUGUCGCUCUCUGCUCUUUUACCGCUUAUUAUAUUUAUGAGCCCAUUCCCGAGGAGAUAGAAGAGAGAUGGAAACUCAUGCUGAUCAACUCUUUCUUCAGGAGUCUCAGCCACCUGGCAGACCUCAGUGAAUUACUGGGGCUGAAAGACUACAUGGGGGUAAUGUAUAUCAUUACUGUGGUUGAAAAGGUAGUUCCUCUGUCUGAUGAACUUGUCAAAGUAACAGAGGAGAAGUUUGAUGAAGUCGAGGUGCUUCUUUACCAGCCAAAGCAGCAGGGUGCUGACAGCGAGCUUAGGGGAGCUGUCAUAUACCUGCACGGUGGAGGAUGGUGCCUGGGGAGUUCCCGCAUGAGUCCAUAUGAUCUCUUGGCCAGAAAAAUUGCCGCUGAGCUAAAUGCAGUGGUUCUUUCUGUGGAUUACCGCCUUGCCCCCUCUCACCACUUCCCUGUUCCAUAUGAGGAUGCAUACCAUGUGGUCAAACACUUCCUCCAGGAGAGGGUGCUGGCCCAGUACUCUGUGGACCCGGGACGCAUUGCUGUGUCUGGGGAUAGCUCUGGAGGGAACUUGGCAGCUGCAGUCGCCCAACAGUUACAAAGAGAGCCUGGACAGCGGAUUAAGCUAAAGGUGCAAGCACUCAUCUACCCUGUGCUACAGGCUCUGGACCUUAACACGCCUUCCUAUCAGCAGAAUCAGGACAUGCCCAUUCUUCCUCGCACCCUGAUGGUGCGUUUCUGGAGUGAGUACUUCACCAGUGACAAGGUCCUUUUCAGAGCCAUGAUGGCCAACACCCACAACAACCCUGAAUCUUCCAACCUGCUGAAGUUUGUAAACUGGAGCACCUUUCUACCAGAAACAUAUCAUAGGAAAUACAGCUACAGUGCUCCUGCAGUGGUACAGGGAGUCAGAAGGGAGGCAACUGGGAUGGAUGGGCCAUCUCGAUCUUUGACUGACCCAAGAGCAUCACCCCUACUGGUUCCAGAUAUAGCCUUACGCUCUCUGCCAAAGGCCUACAUUGUGACAUGUGAGUAUGAUGUUCUCCGAGACGAUGGGCUCAUGUAUGUCACCCGGCUCCGUGCUGCUGGUGUAGACGUGACACAUGAACACUAUGACACUGGAUUUCAUGGAGCGAUGAUGUUCACUGUGUCACCAACAGACUUCCAGAUUGCACGUCACAUGACAGACAACUAUAUCAAAUGGCUAAAAGAAAACUUAUAAAAACUCUUGAUAUUCAUUCCAGCUCAUUCCAGAUAAUGCAGCAGUGUGGCAAGGUGCAAAAUUUUCCCAGCCUUUUGCUUUUCCUUGGUCAUGCUAGUCCUUUGUAAAUAUUUUUUCUGAAAUACUGUAUGUUCAUUUCAUUUAUUUUCCUACUUAUGCAUUUUACUACAAGACACCAGUAGGAAACAGGACGUUGAAAGGAUACAAGCACAAAUCAGAAGAGGCCAGAAGGAAAAAGUUACAGAAGAAUAUCACAAAAAGUUGUGGGUUUUCUUCUUCUUCUUCUAGCUGGGUAACUAAACCUCAGCACUUGCCACCUGCUUUUAUUUCCACUCCAUCAGUAUUAACAUUACUAUCAGUAAUGCCAAAAACUAUCUCUCAGUGGUUUUAAGAAUCCAGUAUGUGUCUUGGCAACGCAGUGAAGGAUUUUCAGCAAAACAGCAUGGAACAUUUCCUAAAAUUACAUCAAAAAUGGUCAUUGUAUUCUGCUAAAUAUAGCCGUGUUUUUUUAACCCUUAGCUGUGUCUGCAGGCAGAAAGGUGCUUGGUGUUAUAUUAAAGCAUUUAAAUUGCAAAGUUAAUAGCUAUCAGUAAUGACCUGCCUUUGCA